AUUAAAUUGUAAAUAGUUUUUAAUGCCAAGUCGCCUUUAAAUAAUAUUUUCAAUUAUUGAAAAGAUAUUUCAGUAAUUUCCAAUACUUAUUUGCCUGAUCUGGCAACGCCGUUCGUUUGCUUGACCAACUUUAAGAGUCGCCCAAAAGAGCCCGAGCCGCAGCUGGCGAUCGAGCCGCAAGUCACGUCACGUCACGUUCGCGGUAUAAAACCAAAUGCGGAGCAGCUAAUGCAAUCAGUCGCAAGUCGCCAGUUGAAGAGCCAACAACAAGUGUGUACGCAAAACAGUCUAAAGCAGAAGAAGAGGAAGCGCAACCGUGAAAAGUGUUCGAACCGUAGCCAGAAUAUGUGUGCCCCCAGCCAAUUGAGAUUAAUCGAAGGAGCAUUGCUCGUGCUGCUCGUGCUGCUGCUGGCAGGCAGCGAGUCUCGGCCCAUGGAUCUGUACGAUGAUGUUAGCGAUUUCUUUGAUGCCAUCUCGUUGGACGAUGUGGCCAAUACCGGACGCAAUACACAUCCGGAACAGUUCUGCAUGAUGCCGGCACGCAAGGGCGUCUGUCGGGCCCUAAUACCACGUUGGCGCUACGAUCCGGAGCAGAAAAAGUGUGUGGAAUUCAAGUUCGGUGGCUGUGAUGGCAACGAGAACAAUUUCCCCAGCUACAAGACCUGCAUGGCCACCUGUGAGGGCAUGUAGGAGAGGGGGCCGAGGGAAGGGUUGGAGUAAUCUGCUGAUCGGCAUUUCCGUAUCCGAUCGGCUGGCGUUGCCAAAGGCGCAUGCUUUUUUUUUCGUCCUCUGUCAAGUAGCGAAUCAAGGGCAGCAUUUACUUAUAAAACACACACACACACACUCGCACACACACACACUCGCACACACACACAUACACUCGCACACCCAUUAAGCAACUGUCCUUCAAUAAUUGUCUUUAAUAUUUAUACAGUUUCUUUUAAAAUAUUUAAGUAAGUUCAUGCAUCAUUCCUUCAGACAAAACCCAUUGUAAUUGUUAAGAAAAAAAAAAAAGUGUCCAACACUUUUCUAGCUCUUAGGUUAUUGUGAUAAAUA